AUGAAAAAGAAGCCAAGUGAGAGCUUCAGGCAGUAUGCCCAACGAUUGAGGGAAGUAGCGAUGCAAGUCCAACCACCCCUAUUGGAGAAGGAAACGAACAUGCUUUUUAUCAAUACCCUAAAGGCCCCAUUCAUUAACCACAUGUUGGGAAGUGCUACUAAGAGCUUCUCGGACAUAGUGAUGUCUGGGGAGAUGAUAGAAAACGCGAUAAGAUAUGGGAAAAUUGAAGCGAGAGAGAGUACUAAGAGAUCAACUCCGAGAAGGAAAGAAAAUGAGGUGAACAAUGCGAGCGUAUACAAUAAGGGUUAUUCUAAGCCAGUCACAGUAAGCCAGCCGAGGGCAAUGACUACUAGCCAUCAGGGCUCCGCAAGACAAGGUUCCAACCCAAGGCCUAACACAGAAAGAGUCCAAUUCACGCCAAUCCCAAUGAAGUAUAGGGAGCUUUACCAGAAUCUGUUCGAUGCGCAUGUGGUGUCUCCAUUUUACCUGAAACCCAUGCAACCUCUAUUCCCUAAGUGGUAUGACGCAAACGCUCAAUGCGAAUACCAUGUAGGAAUCUCGGGGCACACAAUUGAGAACUGCACGGCCUUCAAAAAAUUAGUCGAAAGGUUCAUAAAGAUGGGCAUUGUAAAGUUUGAUGAUCCCAUAGGACCUAAUGUGGCGGGAAAUCCGUUACCCAGUCAUUCAGACAAAGGGGUAAACGCGAUAGUUGAAAAUGGAAGGAGGAGAACUAAGAUGGAUGUAUCAGAGGUAAAGACUCCGUUGAGAUGGGUUUGGAAGAAAAUAGUGGAAGAAGGUUUACUUAUACAAGAUUUAGGGGAGAAGCCCGAAGGAGCAAAGCACUACUGUGAAUUCCAUGACGAGGAAGGGCAUAAGAUCCAAAAGUAUAGCAAGAGUGUGCCUUGGAACUAUGACUGUAACGUGACAACCCCGGGAAAGGAGAACCCGGUUGGCACUUCAGAGGAAGGUCAAGAUGAAGGUUUCUAUACUCGAAGUGGAAGGCGUUAUACCUCGAAUACAAAAGCAGAAUCAGUUAAAGGAAAAUCCGUGGUUGUUGAACAAAGAAGGGAGAAGACAACCAGAUCGGAAUCACCUGUCAAUGACCCUGUAACUAAAAAAGAGGCUAAGGAAUUCUUAAAGUUCUCAAGACACAAUAGUACAAAUGUGGAGCAAUUGCACAAACAGCCAGCUCGCAUAUCGGUACUAACCUUGCUCUUAAGCUCAAAUACUCACUGCAGUGCAUUGAUGAAAGUUUUAAACAAAACAUACAUUGCGGAUGAUAUCUCUGUCAACAAGCUUGAUCGUCUGGUCAAUAACAUCAGCGCAGAUAAUUUCAUUUUCUUUAAUGAUGAUGAAAUACCACCGGGAGGCAUGGGAUCUACAAAGGCCCUGCACAUCACCACUCGCUGCAAGGGAUACUCGUUGCCGGGGGUACUGAUUGAUAAUGGAUCAGCGUUGAAUGUUCUGCCCUUGUCCACGCUAAAUAGGUUGCCAGUAGAUAGCUCCCACAUGAAGACAUGUCAAAACGUCAUGAGAGCAUUCGACGGUACUGAAAGAAAAGUGAGAGGAAGAAUUGAUAUACCUCUCUUGAUUGGCCCAAAUACAUAUGAGGUGGACUUCCUGGUAAUGGACAUCAAGCCAUCGUACAACUGGCUGUUGGGGAGGCCGUGGAUCCACUCAGCCGGAGCAGUACCGUCGUCACUACACCAAAAAUUAAAGUUGGUAACUGAGGGUAGGUUGGUAACGAUAAACGCGGAGGAAGACAUCAUUGCAUCCGUUACCAAUGGCGCACCGUACGUGGGUACGGACGAUGAGGCAAUAGAAUGUUCCUUUCGAUCGCUAGAAUUUGUUAAUGCUACAUUCAUUGUCGAAGGGAACAAGAUCCCAAUGCCCAAAAUAUCCAAAACUAUGAGGAUGGGCCUGCGAUUGACGGUCGGCAAAUGA